AUGCAAGUGUUUAUUCCAAGAUUCCAAGCCACUGGAGAUCACUUGCCAGUUGCCCCACCUGCACCACCACAGCCAAUUCCGCAACCCGUUCAGCCUCAAUACGCCCCAACUGGAGCUCAACGCAACUACGUCGAUCCCUAUGACAAGUCAGGUCAAUUCGAUGAUGGAUCUUAUGAUGAAAGAUGGAACAACCCAUCAUUCCAAGGUGACGGUCGUUCAGCUCCAGUCCACCGCCCAGCUGCACCAGCUCCAAGCCAUAACUACAACUAUCAACACCAAGCCCCUGCACCUGCACCAGCUCCAAUCCCAGCAGUUCGUCAACAGAACUACAACGUCCCACAAGCCCCCCAGCACUAUGAAACCACACAAAACCCACACAGAUUCUUGCCACCAGGAAAAUUGUCACUGAACCGUACACCAGACGGCUUCAGCUACACUUUCAACAAAGCUUAAGAAGUUUCACCAUCUUCAAGCCUGUAGAAAACUUAGACUUUGCUUUUAGACUGUAAUUUAUUUUUUUGUUUACUAUUCAAAGAACUUUUUCUUCUCAAAAAAUUGAUUUCCAGUUCUUCGCGUCUUUCAUGUGCAAUGCUGAUGACUUUCAAGUCGAAAAUUCAACAAGAGGUAUCGAGAAAAGAUUUUUAAUUUGAGCGAGAACUCAAUCAGAAGUCAAUAAGAAAGUUUUUAAUGCACAUUUUUAUUCUGAAAUUUUCCCCUUUCCUUCAACUCCAUCUCCCAUCACAUUUCCUGUCACUUUUCUCCAUUCUAUUCACCUUUUCUCUUCCGUCUUUCAUUUUCCCCCUGUCUUCUCGAUAACAAGGAAAAAAGAGAAUCUCAAGUCAUAAAAAAUACAAAAAAAAAGAUAUAAACAUUUCAUAGAGUUGUAAAUAACGAAUUUAAAGCGUUGAAAUUGUGAUAAAAAUGAAUGUAAAUGAAACAUAAAUGAGAAAUGAAGAAAAUAAACAUAAAGAAACAUUUUUAAUAUUUCCCCACUUA